CACUCACAAUCUGAUCAAUUCUCAUGCUAUCAACGCUGCUGAGAGGAAACGUCUGUAGUGCGCUUGGCUUUGUUAGAGGAAGGGCCACAAGCUUUACACGAAAGGGGCUGUGAAAUUGCAGAGUGCUGAGGAGGAACCUCUGAUUUAGAGUGGCUGGCCACUCGUAGUAAUCCUCGAGCCUCACCACUUCUCUCUGACACUCCUUCAACCAUCAGCAACAAUGUACAGCAGCGCCUUCUCCAAGGUCUCCAAGUCCAGCCCGCAGGGCCAAAAGAGGACGCAGUACCGCUCAAAGGGCAAGAGCUGCGGCUACUACAUGCGCAUCGUCUUCUUCUUCUCUUCGCUCAUUCAGUCUCUUAUCAUAGUCAGCCUGGUGCUCUUUCUGGUCUACGGUAAGUCGCAGGACUCGGCGUCCACAUCGCGCAUCCACGACCUGGAGGAGACCUUCAGCCGACUCUCCAUAGAGAACGUCGCCCUGCGGCACCAGAGGAAGAACCUGACCAACUUACUCAACACCACCCUGACCGAGAAGGCCCGCAACGACUGGGACCUGGCCAAGCUCGUCUUCUUCUCCAACAUCUCGGCGAUCCUUAUCCAAGAUAUUGACAAGAGGCUGCAACAGUGCAACACCAAGUUGUACUUUUGUGAGAGCUCAUUAAGUGUUUCUGCCCGAUGCCCACCCCAAUUUGGCCAACAACCUACAACCUGUAACUGUGGGCUGCUGGCUGAGCGUCUGAAAGCCAGGCUUGAGCUUGUGGAGUCCAACUUCACGCAAUCAACGCAGAGGAUGAGAAUGGAAAUGGACCAGACUGCCAAAGAGAGGGACAACAUUAACCUGGAGGUCAUCCGUCUGCGGAGGGACAAAUUCACACAUGAAAAGGAAGUGGAGUUCUUUAGCCAGAAAUGCAAAGAUGACUUUUCCCAGUCCUUGAGCGGUAUCAGCAACGUGUCCAAGGCUUUCCUGGAGAAGAUCAAUUCCCUCUUCCCUUCACACAUCGCCUUCCAGCUCACCUGCCCCAAACAGAGGGAACACCUGGAGCAGAUCCGCACUAACUGCACCAGCCUGUCCUUGGAAGUGGAGGACAAGCUCCAGCGUUACCUGAAUACCGUGGGAGGACAGGUGUCGGUCAUCCAGGGUGAGAACAGCCGCUUGAAGGCAGAGAACUGGCGGCUGUCUGACGACUACCGCUGGUGCAGCAAUAACCGCUCCGGCCUGAUCCUGCAGAACCGACAGAACUUGGACAAGCUUCAGCGGAAAAACGACGAGGACAAGGAGAAACUCCUGAUGGACAAGAUAAGACUAAAUGGAGAGAUAGAAGUCCUGAACAACAAUGUCAAGUAUAAAAGUAGAGCCAUUGAUCACCUUACGGAGCAAAACAGGCAGCUCAACAUGUCAUGCAUGUCUAAGCCAGGGUCCGGUGGAUUUACAGGAGGCUUGACACAGUCCCAGCCUGGGUGGGGCUUGCCCGGUGGUGUGGGUCAGCAUGGUGGGGCAGGGACAGGCGGGAUGGGCUCAUAUGGGACAGCAUACAAUAAGCCAGCAAUUUCUCCUGGGUCUAGUAGCGCUGUUGGGUCAGCAUACAAUAAGCCAGCAAUUUCUUCUGGGUCUACUAGCUCUAUUGGGUCAGCAUACAAUAAACCAGCAAUUUCUUCUGGGUCUAGUAGCUCUAUUGGGUCAGCGUACAAUAAGCCAGCAUCAACUGGGACAGGCUCCUCAAGCUCGUCCUCCUCGUCAACUGGGUCAGUGUACAAUAAGCCAGCAUCAACUGGGACAGGCUCCUCAAGCUCGUCCUCCUCGUCAACUGGGUCAGUGUACAAUAAGCCAGCAUCAACUGGGACAGGCUCCUCAAGCUCGUCCUCCUCGUCAACUGGGUCAGUGUACAAUAAGCCAGCAUCAACUGGGACAGGCUCCUCAAGCUCGUCCUCCUCGUCAACUGGGUCAGUGUACAAUAAGCCAGCAGUGAUUGCGAAAGGCUCUGUCUCAAGUGGGACAGGCCAACAAAAUAAGCCAACAACAGCAGUGAAAAGCCCCUCUUGGUGGGGGAUUAGCAGUAGUAGUAGCGCAGGGCAGAGUAGGACAGGAAGUGGAACAGGAACAGGGAGAGGAUCAUCAACUGGGAGUAGUUCUGGUGGAACUGGAUCGUCGUUUGAUGCAGGAAAAACUGGUGGACUGGGAAGUGGCCAAAUCAACGUCGCUCAACACCUCAGAGAUCUGCAGCGCAUCAUCAACCCCUCCGGCCCAGAGGAGAAACAAGAUCUCUCCAGAAUGCUGGGCUAGUCCACCUUGAUGGGAAAAACCAAAACUUAAAAGAAAUGUUUCUUCCAUCUUCUUUCUUUCUAUUAAACACAGCUGAAUGCAAGCUCCUCAUAUUGACUCCACAUGUUCUAUAUCAAUACAUGUACCAUAUGUUAUACACUGUUUGUGACAGUUUAUACUUCAAUAUGCACUUAGAAAAGGAAUUUGAAUAACUUUUGCACUUUUGAAUGUAAAAUGUGAAGUUUGUGUGUAAAUGAAUUGUAUCUGCACAGUAUGAUAAAGCACAUAUUGUAUUUUUAGACUGUAAAUACAGAUAAAUAAAAGCUAUGUUUGAACGUAAGCGCA